UUUUUAAAGUCGAAGAUGAAGCAAAAUUUGUUGAGAAAUAUAAAAGAAUUUUGGCUGAAAUAGAAGCUUCGACAAAUCCAAAUGAAUAUAUCAUUAACCUGUCAACAAAAUAUUCGAAAUACAAAUUUAAACCACAUUUAUAUGAAGAGAAAAAAAAAUUGUUGAUAUCAAUCAUGAAACUUGAAUGCUAUUAUCGAACAGUAAGUUAUAAAAAGAAAGAGCAUAAUAAACAACAUACAAAGAAAGAAGUUAAAAACAAAACUAAACCAAAAAAUAAAUGCAUUCCUCAAUGA